AUGCCACAUCUAUCAAAGCCUUAUAAAAUUUCCUCCUUUAUGCCCUAUUGUAAACCAUCCAUUGAAAGAUUGGAUAACUUACCAACACCUCCAAACAGACAAGGUGGAACCUGUGAAAAUGGAUGGCAGUGUUGGCUGUAUCAAAGCUCUCAUUUGGAAGUUCUUGACUGUCGAAAUGGUAACUGUAUCUCAUCGUGGAAUUGGAAGAAAGACUCAUCUGCUACGAUAGUUGGGGUAGAUGAAUUCUCAUCGCAUAAUUCAAACAUGUUAGUGAUGGCUAUAUCAACCACAACCAACAGCUUUCUGCGUGCAGACAGUGGAUUACUUUAUCUUUAUGAUCCUGCUAUUUCUCGAGUUGUUAAAGCAAUCGAGUUACCAUUUACUCCCACCUUUGUUUCUACCAUGACAACCGAUGGUGGCCCAACAGCUACUCCGGCCAACUUUGGCAAUGCUUUAAGGCUUUUUUUUGGUGUUGUAGCCCUUGGUGCUGUUGAUGGCAGUAUUUAUUUACUUGACAUGGGGAUGGACGAUCAAAGUUUAGUUUGUGAUGAAAGUUGCCCUAGAAAUGUUCAAAUAAUUGAUGCUGGCACAACGGCAGACUAUGCUACACUCCGUUCAACUGCAAGGAAAUAUCAAAUGCAUCUAUGUUUGCGUUUAGGAGCCAAAUUUCAAGAGAAUGGAAAAUUCUGUUACUUCUAUUCCGACUUCAAACAGUAUCGCAGUUUUUCAAAGAAGGAAGCCGAAGUUACCUGUUUAAAGUAUAUUCAGCAAAUCAAUUGUAUUGUUGCGGGUUUAAAAUUCGGAGGGAUUCAGUUCUACAACUUAAAAGAUUACUCAUUAAUACAUAGCGUAAAUGUCUUUUUAGAUGAUACUAUAAAUGGAAUUCCUAUUACCCAUUUUGUAUAUCAAGAACCAGAAGAUGAUCCUAAGCCAUUCUGCUAUUUAUGGGCUGCUUCAGGGUCGUCACUGAAAGACUCAACGAACCCUUCUAGUUCUGCUGUAAUAAAAAUGUAUCAACUAAAAUUUAGCCAGCGUGAAAAAUUAACUGAAAGAUUUUAUUACAUGGCUCUUGAAUCCUGCCACCCAGUAUUCACUCACACCUUAUCCAGCAAUUGCUAUUCACUAUUGAAUGACGCAAAUGAUAGCCGUUUGAUAUCGUGUUUUGCUAUUGAACGACCGAUUCGAGAUAAUGAUGGAGUUAAUGUAAAUUCUACGCUAGCGGCUUUUAUUUGGGAAUCGUAUAAUAUUGGGUCUAGUGCCUCACCUGUUUGUUACAUUGGCAUAUUCAAUAUCAACGUAUGGUAUCACAUGCAUUUACCGUCUUACUUAAACCCUAGCUAUGUAGAUAAGAGUGGUGCUUGUCCUUUUUUUGCAUUUACCGAUAUGACAGAAGUAGCCCAUUCUGCUAUUGCUGAUAAUAUUCUACCUAAAUUUUUUGGGGUAGAUACGCUUUUUGUAAUGGACACAGGACUGAUAGAAGUUGAAUCGUUAGGUGUUCAACUCAAUGCGUUAGCUACUUUAAACAAUGAUGGUCCUUCUGCUCUAAGAAAUCCACAAGACAUUUUUCAAGCUUUUGGCAUGGCUGGAAUUUUACCAGCGAGUGUAGAUACCAAGACAACUAAUGCUGCAGAGCAACGCUUAGCAAUCUUAACAACUUGCUUAGAAGAAGGGUCAUCAUCAUUUAUAUCCUCCUGUAUUAAGACUUGGUCUAACAUCGAUUACUCCAAAUCUGGAUGCUCUCUACGUCUUGUGCUAGAAUGGGCUUGGUUAUUAGUAAACAAUUACAAAAAUUCGCUUGACGAAUUGUGCGAACCAAUCUUCGACGGAAGAGCUUUAAGUAUUGGAGAUAGCACCUAUAAAACUUUGCGCAGAUAUUCUGGAUUAUUUCGUUAUUUGACUUUAAAUUUUUGUGGUCUCAUCGAUUAUUCCGAUAAUACAACGGAACAAGGUGUGGCUGAAAUAGAAAGCAAAUUGCAAGCAACCUUAUUUAUUAAUGAGUGGCUUGACGUAUUACUUUGGCUUCUUGGUAAUGAGAUCUUACCAGAAGUAGCAGAGGAAGUUGCCUCAUCCGAUACUAGCCUGGUCUGUUUUCCUACUAAGGCUAUAUUUGCCGAAUAUCUGGAAGCCCGAAGGCAACUUUUAUAUACAGAUCAAGGGGAAUUAAGAACGUGCGAUACAGGAUUAAUGAUCGAUGGGAUAAUCGCACUACUAAAAAGUCCGGUAGAUGAAAUUUGGGGUCCUAGCGCAAAUGGACGCGGAGUCUACCCUCCUCCAAGCUUACAUAUUUUUUACGCGUUGCUGGACUUAGGAAAAAAGUAUGAAACUUUUAGUGAUCUUGCUUCAGAAUUCGCAAUUAGAUUCGGAUUAGAGAAAGGUUUAACGAAGCUACUUUAUGGCCUCUGGUUACUAGAUGGGCAUCAGUUCGAUUUUGGUGGCGGAGGCAUUAUCACUGCAGACGGACACCUGACGGAGAUAUCAGGAAUAAUAAGCAGUGAUGAAGACAUUGCAAAAUUUACCGAAUGGUUGGAAAAGAAGUCACAUCCUUCUAAAUAUGAAUUGCUAGUCGAUUUUUAUGUCCAACGCGGACGCUAUCCAGAAGCAGUUGCUGCUAUGGAAAGACUGACCACAAGAGCAAUGGACGCCCCUAACUAUGAUAUGGAUCGUCUUCGCUCGAUGAAUAUUGCGAUCAACGGAAUAAAGCAAACUAUUCCGAAUAUUCACCAAAAGUUACUGUCCAUAAAGUCACCACAUACACCAAAUGAAAAAUUUACAAAAGAUUGCACGCCACUGUCGGUUGACAUGAAAUACUCUCAAUUUUCGAAUCGAUCGUCGACGGAAAUGUUAGGUAAAAUCGUAACAAAAGUGGAGGAAGUUAGGCGUAGUUGUAAAACCAGAGCAACAAAAUUUUUGCCUUUUAUUAGUCCCCCCCUACUUCCUUCCGAUAGCCGAGAAGCCAGGCCAGCAUAUAGUUCCUAUUCGCAAGAGCAACUCAGUCGUAUGGAAUUAUUGCGGAAAUUGACUGCAGAAAACAAAGUAGUUAAAAAGCAUGUACAAUUAAAUCUUGGCGAUCAAAAAGAUAUCUUGGCUAAUAACAUUGGAAACGAUGUUAGGAAAGGUGUUAUGCCGCUCCCUGACACCGUAUUAAAAGUACACCAUAUCACACCGAAAUCAGAUAAAUAUUUUGCAACUAGAACUGAGAAUAGAGCUAUCGGAGGCAUGCCCAGUAAUUUAGAAGGCGCUAUUGAACCAUCUAGUACUCGAGCAUCAAGACCUUUUUCAGCUAGACCGCGUGUCAGUUUUAAAGACCAACAGCAUCAUAACUCUUCAUCCGACGAUAGUAGUUUGAUGGAUUCUAAAGAUAGUCAGAGUAUGGAUGUGGACAUACAAGAAGAAUCAAUUAGCGAUAAAAAUGACUUAGAUAAUGACUCUGAUGAUGGUCCUGAAGUCAUCCUUUUAGAAGGUACUCCAUUAACAACAAAUGAUAAAGUGACCGCAAGACGCACGAAGGGCGAAUCUUCAGUAGCUCAUCCCUCGCGCAGCAGUGCUGUGGCCUCCUUCGUAGAUGACAAUGAAGAUGUUUCUGAUGAGAACUUGGACCCAGAUAAUGACAGUAACAUCCAUGAGAUGGAUAUUAUCCCAUCAUUGAAGGAUAAUCCUGAUAUUUUCCGUAUAAGUACUACUGCUCCUGUUGUCAGUACUUCAAGUAUAAAAGAACCGAAAACUCCGAAAACUCUUGAUAGUUUACCAAUUUUGAACUCUGAAUUUGGUGCCUUGGAUUCCACCCAUGACAAAAGUUUUCGAAUGAAAUUAAGAAGUUCUGAUGAUAUUUCUAUGUUAUCCUCUGAACUAUCGCCUACAAGUACUAUAGAUCUCAGUGCUAGGUCGAUUUUAUCAUCUACUUUGGCAAUGGCUCAUUACAGAGUGCCUCAACAUUAUCGAUCCAUCCUGGAACACUCUCCACGAGUAACGCGAUCUAUGAGUAAAAAACUGGCCAAGAUUGCGUCUGGAAAAUCAAGUGUUGCGGAGCCUUCUUUCAGUCAGCAAAGUCAAGUAAAUUCAGAAAAUAUACCAAUGAAAUCAGCAAGAAAAAUGAAAUCGAACUACUCCAGGAUCCCAGAAACUAACCGGGCGGAAAUUGAGACUUCAAAGAAAGCUAGUUCGAAUUUUUCAAAUAGCCCUUUAUCUUUCAAAAUGCCCGCCAAAAUUUUAGCACCAACAUCUUCGCAACCUCAAAAGACUACUAAGAAAGGAGUUAACCUAAGAACCAAAAGCAGGAGAAAGAGUGCUCGAAGAUAA